AUGCACAUUUCAACUUCAGAUAUUGAUUCUUGGAUUUGGUCUGCAAUUAUCCAUAAUAUUCAAGAGCUGGAUCUUUUAUCCGGAAUCGAAGGUCCUAUCCAGCUUCCUCGAUUUCUCUUUACUCUUAAAUCUUUAAGGUUUUUGAGUCUCAAAUCUAAAAUUGGUAUCAACAAUCUCCCCGAGUCUAUUCUCUUACCAAGUCUCAAUCGUCUUGAUCUUGAGGACUUUGCGUUCGUUGAUGAUUCUGUUAUAGUCAGGUUCUUAUCUGGCUCGCCAACUCUUCAAGAACUGGUACUAAAAGGUGUUAGUACGCAGUCCCUGUGCGUAUGUUCAUCUUCCCUGAAACAUUUCAAGAUUAAAAAUACUCGGUUUAAUCUACAAGAAGAGAGUUUUAGGAUUGUUAUUGAUGCUCCUAACCUUGAAUUUCUUGAGCUACGUGAUAGGCAAACUAGUCAAAUAUACAAAAUUGAGGUUAAAAAUUUAACUUCCAUUGUUAAUGUGAUCCAUAUGGUGAAUCUUUGCGACAAUGUAACUGCGCUUCAUGUCCUGAUGCAAAUCUCUCGUGUCAAAAUCUUAAGCCUACCUUCGAACUUUGUCAAGGUAAAUAAGAAUUUGCCAUGCUUGAGAAAUUUGACUCAAUUGGUGGUGACAUGUCGGGCAUCCUCUCGGUUUAAUCUACUUCAAUCCAAAACUCCGCAUUAA